GUUGUUUACUUCCGACUCUGUGACAGAUGUUUCACAAACGCGAGUGAAUACUGCUUAUAUUCGGUCGAUACUUAAAUGCUCAGGUCUUAUUGACGUGUGAUCACAUAAAUGCAUAAAUGGAACUUGGACCAACUACAAUGGAGGGACCAGUAGGCCAUGGGGAUAAGAUUGGUCUCAUUAACGAUGAACCACCAAAGCGCACAACGAAGAAGGAGUCCACAGACAGUGACAGUACGCGGGCGGAGUCCUCCCCACUACACAGGGGCGGUGCAGGAGAUGCCCACGAGGGCAAGAAGAGCACACUGCAGUCCUUCAGCCUGCGUGUGAUCAUCAUCUCUGCUAUAGUGUUUGCCGUUGCUGUCACCGUCUCCCUCAUCCUCAGCAUCUACCUGGGCCCACCACAGAUUGGUGAACAUGGUGCUGUUGCUUCGGAUGUCGGCGUCUGCUCAGAGAUGGGCCUGGCGAUACUCAAGAAGGGGGGUAACGCUGUUGAUUCCGCUGUGACAACGCUGUUGUGUCUGGGUGUGGUCAACUCUCACAGCUCAGGGCUUGGCGGGGGUGGUUUUAUGGUUGUAUAUGAUCACAAGAUAAAACAAUCUACUGCCUAUGACUUCCGUGAAACAUCACCCAAGGCUGCCAAGGAUUCUCUCUUUCCUGAUAAAGCAUCAACAUUGAAGGGGGGCAGGUCCGUGGCUGUCCCCGGGGAACUGAGGGGACUGGAGAUGGCCCACAAGGAGUACGGCAAACUGACAUGGAGUGAGGUGGUGCUACCGGCUGCUGACAUCGCCCGGAAAGGAUUCAACAUCACCCGCGAUAUGGCUAAUACACUGAAGUCCAAGUUCAAGGUCGAGGACUUCAAGGAGCCACUACUGAGGCAGCUGUAUGUGAGAAACUAUCAGUUUGUACCUGAGGGGACAUUCAUCCAGAGAGUGGACCUAGCCAACACUCUGGAUGCCAUAGCUGAGAAGGGUGCUGACGAAUUCUACAAGGGAGACAUCGGAAAAUCUAUCGUCAGGGCUGUGAAGGAUCAUGGCGGAGUGAUGACAAUGGCUGACCUCGUCAGCUACCAGGUCAUGAAGAGACGGGUCCUGAAUACCUUCUUCAGAGGCAGUGUGGUGGUGACAAUGCCUCCGCCGACGUCCGGGCCGAUACUGCUGCUGAUGUUGAACAUGAUGGAGAGGUUUAACUGGACCCAGGCCAACAUCAGUGAUGCAGCCACCUACCACAACAUGACGGAGAUAUUCAAAUAUGCCUACGCCCACCAAGGUCUACUUGGAGAUCCAGACUUUGUUGCAAAUAUGAGAAACACCUCCUUGAAUAUUAUUGCAAAAAAAUAUGCCAUUGAGCUGGCCAAACUUGUUGACAAUGAAACCCACCCAAUCUCCCACUAUCAUCCGCUGUAUGCUCCGGAGGUAAACAAAGGCACGACACAUGUGUCUAUUGUCGACUCUACUGAACUGAUGGUUUCUGUGACAUCGUCCAUCAACCAGCUGUUUGGGUCCGGGAUCAUGACCACCUCGGGCAUUAUACUCAACAAUGAAAUGGGAGACUUCUCAUUCCCAAACUUCACUCAUGUCAAGGAUAUGCCAGCAAAUGUGAAUAAUUUUCUCGAGCCAGGCAAACCGAAGCGCCCCCUGUCCUCCAUGGUGCCAACCGUUAUCUACAACCCAAGCUACCCCUGUGCACUGAGGAUGGCCAUCGGCGGAUCAAACGGAAGCCGGAUCAUUACAGGAGUUGCUGAGACAAUUGCUAAUGUGAUGGCGUUUGGAAUGGGUCAGGAUAUAGCUCGUGCUAUUGAGAGACCAAGGAUUUAUGACAAUCUGUUUUCAAACACCACAGAAUACGAAGCAUUGUUCCUCAUAUCCGUCGUUGAUGAUAUGAAAAAGAGAGGUCACAACAUGGUCAAGGUCACCGAAGGUCUCAGCGUCGUUCAAGCAGUGGCCAAAGUCAACGAUGAUAUCUUCGCCCACUCUGACUCCCGCAAGUCUGGGAAAGCAGCUUUGUUUAAAUAGCAGAUGGAAAGUAAAACAUUCCAGUUUUACAUUCCAUUUGCUCAAGAUGAAACCUCUGGUUUGUGUGUAGCAUGGGUUGUGAUGAAAGACAUGCUACCUUUAGAGAAGUGAUUUUACCCUGUUUUUGUUCUCUUUUUUUCCUUUUUGUCCAAAUAUUGACUUUUAAUGUUUGGAAUAAGGUUUGGUACAUUGACCUAAGAAAUCAUGAAUUGUGUAUUCUUUAGCCCAUGCUGACAGUUUUAUUUACUAUAUAUUUGGCUUAUUGGAAUUGAGUAUUUGGGUAUAUCUAGAGAUAUAUAAGUCACCCAGGUGGUGGGGUAGCCUCGUGGUUAAGGCGUUCACUCACCACGCUGAAGACACAGGUUUAUUUCCCCACAUGGGUAUCAUGUGUGAAGCCCAUUUCUGGUGUUCCCCCCACCGUGUUAUUGCUGGAAUAUUGGUGUAAAACCAUACUCACUCACUCACUCACUAUAAGACAUGCAGCAUUUACCCGUCUUUGCAUGUUAUGGUGCAGAGUAUAUUGAUGUUAUGUCAUGAAGCAAAGGUGUUCUCCUAAACGAGUUUCCUCGCAACUAAUCAUGUAAUUCUUAGAUUUAAUGUUCCUGUCGCAGGGUUAGGAAUCCAUUUAAUUAUAAAUGUGUGUAGUAUAUUGUGUUAGUUCUAGAUUCCUUUUGUCUACUUCCCUCGUUCAGGCACUGUUUUCAAAGAUGCAAGCAAUAUCAAAUUUAUUAUUUCCGUGCAGUCUUAGAUUGUCCUUGUUCCAACAGUUAUUUAUGUUUUGGGAAUAAUAAUAAUAAUAAUAAUAAUAAUAAAGCAGUGUGUGUAUAAUGUAGACGUUAGCCAUAACACUCCUUGUCCUUAUUACAUCCAGGGGUCGGGUAGCCUAGUGGUUAAAGCGUUUGCCCGUAAUGCAGUGUGUGUAUAAUGUAGAAGUUAGCCAUAACACUCCUUGUCCUUAUUACAUCCAGGGGUCAGGUAGCCUAGUGGUUAAAGCGUUUGCCCGUCACACGGAAGACCCGGGUUCGAUUCCUGACAUGGGUACAAUGUGUGAGGCCCAUUCCUGGUGUACCCCGCCAUGAUAUUGCUGGAAUAUUGCUAAAAGUGGCGUAAAACCAUACUCACUCACUCACCUUAUUACAUCCAACUUCUCAAUACCAGUGAAGACUCCAGUCAUGUCCGUGUUGGAAACAUGGGCCAGUGGUGAUCUUAUGCAGCAUAAUACACACUGUCUUGUGGUCCUGAGGGCUUGGACACCCAGGGCACAGUUGUGUUCCUUUCAUGUGCCAGGUCAUGGGUUUCAACCCCAAAUAUCUUUCUCAUUAUGAUCUUGUUACGAACACCUUUGUGAAAUGGGGGUCUACAGUGCAUGUCAGGUAACACUCAUGUGUCCUAGUCUAUAGCCCACGGUACAGAGUUAUGUCCUGUAGUUGCACCAGGAUCUGCUGAUAUAACGAUUGUGGGUUUGAAUCGAUUUGCCCUGAUUAUGAUUAUGGGUUUGGCAGCACCCUACCCGUUCUCAUGGGUUUCGUGGGUAAACGUCUACAAUCUGCAUCACUUCCUCCAACAGAUGAUGCCCUUCAUAUGAAUGAAAUACUCUUUGUAACCCAGUGUAAGGAGUGUUUUUGGAGAUUGAUGAUACUGGUCGUUAACCAGCAGCUUGUCAGUCAGUCAUGUAAUUUACUGAAAGGCCUUCGCGUACAUCAAUGUUUAUUUCUAGGUUUGUCAACACCAUAUUCGUGCUUGUGGAUUUCAUCAGUGUGAUAAACAUGCAUGACAUGCUUCACUCUUGCCCUCCAGCAUGGAGCCUUCAUGAAGUAAUUGAAAUACUCGUACAAUUGGGGUAAGGCCCACUCACUCACUCACACAAUACCAUGUUCUGGUGUUCCUUCAUGAAGUAAUUGAAAUACUCGUACAAUUGGGGUAAGGCCCACUCACUCACUCACACAAUACCAUGUUCUGGUGUUCCUUGGUAGGGAACAGCCUGUUAGCUUUUUUAUGUACUGACCAAUCUGUUCUUCCAUCAAUUGGGUUGAGCUUUGAUUUAUGUAAAUUUGUGAGCGAAAGAAAUGUGUUUACAUUAUUUCAAACACAACUGUAUACAUUUUGUAUAUUUUAAUGUUUGUCGGAAAAUAAGUGGCAUUUUAAACUGGAUCUGUGUGCAAUAUUUUGCCUGUUUUGUGAAUAUUCUAUUCAUAUACAAUUUAUAAACAAAUACACAUAUUCAUCAUACAUUCCAUGAAAGGGUUGAGGUGAGCAAUGAAGAAUUAUUGUUAUGCUCUUCCUACAUUCCAUGAUGUGUGGACCCGUGAAGAUCUUCAGCAACCCAUUCUUGUCGUAAAAGGCCACUAUGCUUGUCGUAAGAGGCAACUAACGAGAUCGGGUGGUCAAGCUUGCUGACUUGAUUGAU